AUGGAUGAAUUGUUAAAAAAAUAUGAUGAACUAAAGCCGUAUUUAUUUCCAAAUAUAGCACUAAAACUGGAUGAGAUAGAUGCAUCAGGUAAUCAACUUACGAGACAUGUUUUAAGAAAGAAUAGACAGUCAAUUUAUGAACUCUUCGCACAUGAUUUUAUAGAUUAUCAAAAAAAUUCAAGUUACUUCUCAGAUCUACUCGAAAGUUCAUAUCAAACACCUGUAGAUUCGCUUUUAAUUAUUAAUCCUCUUCAUGCACAGGGAUUAUGUCAGUUAUUGCAAACAAUUUAUUCAAACCCAAAGAGCUUAGCAAAAGCCAUUAGUGAAAACUUAAGUAGUCCAUAUUUUCACCAUAUUGUCAAUUUAGCAAUUCCUGCGAUCUAUGGAUUCUUUUCUACCAAGGAGCAAGGAGCUCAAGCAUUAUCAUUUUAUACUUGCUUGUCCGCUCAAGUUAAUUUCUCAGUAUAUUGCCACAUUAUUAAGCCCUUUUUCAUGAAUUCAAACAUGGAUAAUUUCAUAAACCAGCUUGUUACUGCAAUUUUCUUCUCAAAUUACCUUAAAAAAUUUAAUCCAGACAGAUUUUGCGAUUUAAUCGUCAACAAAACUCAAAAGUUUUUGAGAUUUCUUCCAACAUCACAGUUCCAAUUACUCAGAUUUCUCAGUCUACAAUGGGAUAACGUUUCUAUUUGGAGAUUAAUUAUUAAUUGCUUAAUUAUUCCAGCAUUUACAUUACAAUAUCAUUUCAAUCCGUUUGCACACUCAUACUUAGUCAAGUUCGACUUACAGCAAGUAAUAAAAUGCCUCCAAACUUACGAUGCGUUUCCAACAAUUAAUUUAUCAGUAAGUUGGCCUCUCGAGAUUCCAGGUGACUUUGUAUUCCUCAACAAUACAUGUACUUACGAAAUAAUCUUAACAAAAGCUGAUAUCGAAGCUAUUCAAUGCUUUACAAAUUACAUGACUUAUCAUGGGCCAAAGCUCCCAGAGAUCUUAAAAGAAAUCAAGUCCCCAUCAUUUAAACCAUUUUCCAUCGUGUUCUUUCCAAAGAUUCCUCUUCCGCCAAGUUUUCCUUCGAGACCAUUGUUUUUCGAGACAAAAACUUACGAACCGCCGAACGAUAAUCGUAUGGCCCAAAUGUGGGUCUCAAUUUGCGAAGCGGCGACAGAAAUAAGAGAAGACCCGAUUAAUGUCAUCAGAAACAAGAUCCAGACACAGAAUCAUAUGCUGAACGCAAAGCUCGCUGAAAUGAACAUGGAUGACGUAUUGAUGUACGGAGUUCAAACAGAAUUGUCGGAAUUAUCGAAUAACGCAAGAAAUUUCGAAAGGUUGUUGAACCAUAAACUGGAAAUGUCAAGAAUGAAUGGAUUUAAUGCAUUAUGUGGCAUUUUCGAAUCAAAAACGUCAUUUCUUGUCGCUAAAAAAAUGGUAAAUAAAGUUAAAGGCAAAUUCUGGCAGAUUAUUUCAAAUAUGUCAGGAACAAGCCAUGUAAGAUUCCAUUCAGCCAUUAUUAUGCUUGAUCAAGGCGAAAAUGAGUUUUUGAAGCCAAUUAAAUCUUCUCUUUCUGUUUUGCACAAGAAAUUCGCCAAAGUAACUGAAAUGAAGAUGGUUGAAUGCAGUAAAGAGAUAACUCUCGGAAGUACAAGUUUCCAAUCCCAGAUUUCAGAAAAUAAUGUUUUAUUAUCGAUUGUUAAUGAAAGUUCUUCAUUCCUUUCGAGAGCAACAGUUCUUCUUUACUAUCUGAAGACAUUCAACACCUUCUGCGAGUGUUAUUCCAUUGAUGAUACCAGAGAAUCUUACGAUCAGAUGAUGCAUUACGCAAUUUCAAUGAAUAACACGAGUUGGCUACUUAAGACAGUUCUCCUCCUUGAUGGAACUCUUUUCGGAGAUGCAAGAUACGAAAAAGAAAUCGGAAAAAUGUAUUUGGACUUGUGGCAGAAGUUUAAGGCUUCAUUUUUGCAAUAUUUGUCUUAUGAUGAACAGCUGCUUGUAGGAUACAUCAAACUUUCAGGUGAAGGAACUCUUACAUCUGCAAAUUAA